AUGUCGAGCGCUCGCACGUCCAGCGGCUCCAGGCCGCCCGUCGUGCCGGCCACGCCGGUCGGUCGAUCCAUGCGCAAGAAGAAUCAUCUCAAUCUCAGUGCAAAGGCGUUCGACAAGAUGUCCAAGCGUCUGCUUUCCGUCGAAAAGUCGACUGGACAGUCGGCCAUGGCAUCCUGGGCCAACUCAGAAUCAAACCAGCAAUUGGCGACUGCAUCACAUCGCAUCGAGGGCAUUCCGGAGCUAGGAGAAGGCGGACAUCGCACCACCGCAUCCUACGUCAUUGCUGAAGGAGAUGACAACGCUGCUGGCGCGCCCGAUGUCAAGUCCACAACAGAGUAUCACCUUCGUCGAUUCGGCAAAGCGCCCGUUUCAAGAGGCUUGACUCAGGGAGCAGGCAAGGGACCAGAUGGCGCCGCUCUCGCUGCUGCUGCUGCCAAGUCUCUGAAAGGGAAGGGCGUGGCUCCCAUUGAUUCGUUCCUCAACGAGGGCAGCUUCGUCUUCAACCCGCUCAACAGACGCGUACCGCAACAGAGUCCACGCAAGGCCAAGGCACGCACCGCUUCGUCUGCAAACAAUGCUGCAUCCUUGCGCGCCACAUCGGGACCAUCAAUACCAUCAGCGACGGUCGGCGCUGCGCCAGAACCGCGUCCGCCUUCGCAAAGGUAUCCAGCACAUCUCAAUCAAGCCGGUCCUUCCAGCCAGGCUCAGGUCGCUGCUUCCGAGCCAAUGUCACGCGAGGUGUCGGCCCGGCCUGACUCGACUCCGACAGCCGACUCGGAUGAUCCAGCACUCGUUCCGCUCGCCCUCGUCGACAGGGACUUGCAGGAAGCGCUCAUUCUCGAGGAUCUGCUCUACGUGCUCUUGGGUAUCGAGGGUCAGUACAUCACCUACGCCUCCACCUACGAUCCAGAAGACGUCGCACAUCGUCUGCGUGGCGCUCACUUCACCAUCGAUUCGGCCCUCGACGCUCCUCUGCGCGACCUCGUCGACCGCAUCCUUCCGCUCGCUACCGACUACACCGCCAUCUACGCUUUCAUCGAGACCGACUCUGGUCUCGAGUACGGCACCGUCAACCACGCACUCUGCUCUGCCAUCCGCGACCUGCUCCACGACUACGAGCUGCUCGUCGUCCAGCUCGAACAUCAGAUGGCUUCUUCGACCUCAUUCAGCCUGCAGAAGCUCUUCAUGUGGAUUCAGGAGACUGCGCGCACGCUCGCCAUGGUCCGCGCUCUGACCGACGAGAUCGUCGGCAUCUCCCACGCCGACCUCUUUGACGAUGAAGAUGAUGACGACUCAUCGGACGGAGAUGGAGCUUCCGAUAUCAGUGGGACAUCGGCUCUGGAGCGCGAGCGACGUGCUUUGCUCGGCCUCGAUGACCCGGAUGACGAAGGUGUCGAGGGUGGCAUUGCCAAAGGAGGUGAAGUGCUUUCGAUGCUCUGGGACCGCAUCACACGCAUGAGCGGCGAUCCAAAAGCACGCACGCUCUUUACGACGCUCUUCCAACGCGCGUCCCAACCGUAUGCCCAGACCAUGGUCAAGUGGAUCACCACUGGCGACUUGUCCGACACGUACGAAGAGUUCAUGGUCAUGGAGGAUGCCAAGGUCACGCGUGCUGCUCUCGAGUCGGACCCCACGGACGAGUACUGGGAGACACGGUACACGCUGCGCGACGAGACCACCAUCGCCAAGCGGGAGCGUCAGCGUCAGCUUGGGUUGGAUCUGGACGCCGAGCUGGAGGACGAGGAGGAGAACCCAAGAGGCAUUCUGACCGGUGGUGCCAAGAUCCCGUCCUUCCUGGAGCCAUGGAAGCACAAAAUCCUGCUGGCGGGCAAGUACCUCAACGUCAUCCGCGAGUGCGGUCUCGAGGUGCCGUCGGAUCCCGAUAAGGGAGCGGAAAACAGCGGUCUCGGCAGCAAACCCGGGAAAGGUGCGGCGACGAUGGUGGUCAUGAACGACGAGUCCUUCUUCCGACGCAUCGAGGGUGCUUACCAACGAGCCAAUUCGGCGUUGCUCAAGCUUCUUCUCGAGGACCAGCACAUCCUCGAGCGUCUCCGUUCUCUCAAGCACUUUUUCUUCUUCUCCGAGUCGGAUUUCCUCUCCUCUUUCCUCGAGCAGUCGGCCCACGAGCUGGCCAAGAAGGUGUCACCGACCAAGACGCGAGAGACGGUGCAGCAGCGGCUGCAGACGCAUCUCGGCGCAGUCCUGGGCUCGAGCAGCACCGUCGGCUUCGAAGAUCCUUAUCGGGAAGAUGUGCGCAUCGUCCUCGCCUCCGAAGGCGCCUACGACCAGCUCAAGCGCAUCGCCGAGACCAAAGGCGGUAUCGAGGCGACCAAGCUCGCUCAAGCCAACGCCGCCGCCACCGCUGCUGCCGCCACCGCCGGGUCUUCCGGCAAAGACUUUGUCUCGGCGGUCACGCUCCUCCAGUUCGACAUCGCGGUCAAGUUCCCCGUUUCGCUCGUCAUCAGCCGCAAAAACAUCCUUCGCUACCAAUUCGUCAGUCGCGGUCUGUUCCACCUCAAGACGCUCGAGCGAUCGCUAUCCGAGUUGUGGCUGGACCAUUCGUCGAACCUGUUGUGGAAGCAACGCACACAUCCGGCACUCGAAAAGUGGAAGCAGAAGCUCUUCCUCCUGCGCUCACGGAUGACGUUCUUCGUGCAACAGCUCCUGGCCUUCCAGCUGAUGGAAGUGCUCGAGCCGAACUACCUUGACCUCGAGCGUCGUCUGCGCAAUGUCAAGACGGUCGACCAGCUGAUGAAGGACCAUUUCGCGUUCCUCAACACGACGCGCAAGGAGCUCAUGUUCACCGACCUGCGCUAUCUGGAGUUGCACGCCAAGCUGACGGAGGUGAUCCACAUCUUUGUGGAGAAUCGGACGAGGUUCCAGGACCAGGUGCUGCUGGAAACGGAGCGAUGGAGGAAGGAGGGCACGCCGGUGCCCCAGUUGCAGGACGCGACGCGGGAACAUCUGGCCAAGUUCGAGAGACACUGGGAGAAGUACGCCAAGACGUAUAAGGAUGUGGUGAACCUGCUGAGUACGACGGACAACCCGGCGGCGCUGCCCCUUGCGUAUCGAUUCCAGAGCUCCAAUUUGUAG